CACUUAUGUCAUGAACACCGGUCUCUCUAUAGCAAUGAAUCCUUGUACAAAAGUGAAAGACUAAUGGAGUAUUAAAACGGAGGACAAGAUUGCGACCCGGGGAUUGCGAUGUGUAGUGCGAUUGACCUUUAUCGGGACAGAAUCCUUUGAUUGGAAGGGGUGAUAAGCUAAGGUGGGCGUUCUUGCAUUUGUCUCAGCAAAGUGUCGCCAGCUGUCCACCUACUAUCUUUGGGAGGUGAGGAAGAGGAGGUAUUUUGAAAAAAAAGAAGAGGUUAAGUCUUUUUGUGAAGCAAACGGCGGUGGACUCCAAUGGCGCAAGUUCUGUGAGACUCGGAGGACACGCUCCAAUGAGAUUAAUGUUUUCUAUCUGAAAAAUACAAUUAUGAUGUUUUAAAUCAUACACUGUUUCAGCAUGUCAAUUCAUGACUUGUCGCGGUCGACUAGUAUAGCGUCUACGCGCCGCUGCAGGCCAUUGAGCGCCGUAUUUACUCCCGCGUGUGGUUGUGUUUUCUCGUUGGCAAGGACAACUCAUAAUGGCGGUGUGCGCUUAGGACGGAUCAAUGGUGUGUGGUGCGGGUGUUGUGACUGUAGUUCACGACCACAGAGACUAACAAUACACUCAAGUGUACUACAUUAGUCAAUCAGGACAGACCAGUAUCAUAGGUAUCAGGCCUAUAUCGAUCUGGCAACAUGGAGGGUCAUUAAUGCAAGAUCGAUAUCAGAUUCUCCGAAGACAGCCAGGCGGUUUUUUCGUAGACGCAUCAGACGUUUUCUGUGAGGGAUGGCUAUUCUCUGUCAAUAUUGAGGAUUUUAUUGCUUCUUAGUCCUGGUCCUUGUUCAAGAUGUCAUUGGGAGUGGAGCCUUAUCCUACAACCGUUCAGACGAUUGGUCCCCUCACAGAAAUGGAGGAGCACGGGAAGCCCCUGACGCCCCUCCCCGAGGAGAUUGAAGGAGAGGAGAAGGAGGAGGCCCUUCAGAGGCUCAACGAGGAGUUCAAGGGCUCGAAACAUGAACAGAUAUUCCGUUUUCUUCGCGACCAGGAGGAGCUCAAUCGAAGAUUUGCGCAAUUUGCUAUGAAAUCUGAUGACGAGGAUUCACCGUCCUCUGAUGAAUCGGACGGUGUCGUCACGCAGAAAAUGUCAUUUUACACCGGUAGACGCGGCCGUAAAUUGAGUGUAUCUGCGCGGUCCGAGAGCUUUGAUAGUCUGGAGCAGAACGUGCCUUCUGAUGACGAUCGGGGGAAUCUGAACGAAUUGGAUGAAGAGAUCGAGCGAUCAGCAGCUGAGAAGAAGGAAAGGAAGAAACAAAAGCAAAAGAAACAGUUACGGGUGAAGACGGACGUGCGGCCACAAACAGCAAUGGGUAACCGUGCAAGUGGCGACUUUAAAACAUCUUUCUUUGGGGCGAAUUAUGAGACUGUUGAUCAAGCCUCACCCUCUAUAUACCGAACUGAGAGUGACCCCGUGCCACCUGCAGCACCGCGGUCUUCCCCAAAUGUUGAGUACGGGGAACCGCGGUUUCCCCAGUCUCCGCAGGCCUCUCCGCCGCAGGAAACGUGGGAUGUGCAGCAGAUUGACCUCCGAGGCAGCCAAACCACACCCAGGUCAAGUCGUGCAACACCUCCAGGAGUAAGGUACUCUUCCUACGGGUCAACAUCCCGGAGGCCAACAUCUGUCGUCCCGUCGACAGAACACAUGGACUAUCGCACCCACACACCGAGGCAGACUCGGCUAACCCAUGGUGUCGCACCCUCCUCGACUUUAGAUGAGAGAACGAGGCAGCGUCUUUACGCAGAGGCGGAAGGUAUCAUGGAGAGACAGAAUCAGAACAACUCUUACCGGCAAGGCACCCGGUAUGCCAGCGGCGAUAAUACAUUCAUUACUAGGUUGGACUGUGACGAAUCCACCUAUCGCAGGUUUAGUAAAUCUGCACAAGGGGUACGAAAGUCAUCCACAUUGAAUGACUUGAACAGUUACAAGGGUAAUGCAAGGCCCAUCAAAGUGUUGAAGCUCCCCCCACUGGACACCUCUGUGAUAAAUAAAAAUGUGCGCGGGACAGGUGGACUGGUCGGCGCGACGAGAGGAGGCCCGGGACCAAAAGUUGCAGAAUCACUUGUCGGCUAGCCGGCGUUUGAUCACCUUCACUUGUUGUUAAUCCAAAUAUUGUCAAAAAUGACCAGGGUUUCUUUUACCGGUCGGCUUAUUUUUAUUUGUUGUACAUGUGUAUUGUUGAAUUCAUAUCCUGACUACAUUUUGGCUAGUUGAAGAAGGGAUAUUGCUUGCAUCUGAUGACAAGUGGGAGAGGAGGUGUAAACUGGAGAGCACCAUUUUGACUGUUAUAUUUGUUAGGAUUGAGAGCCAUUCGGCGACUACCGGUAGCUGAAUAUGUGUAUAUCGACUUCCGGUAGUGUUAUACAAUCAGCAGAGCUAAUUUAUUCUGGAGCAUCGGUGUUGAUAUUAACAGAAAUCACAAGUUGUUAUUUAGGGAGACGUCCUCGAAUUUUACUGAAGAAAGGAUGAUGUUGACGCUAAUUUCGUCCUACCAAGAGAUCCUGCAUGUCGAGUACAACUCGUAGGAAGUCAAACAUCAUCGGAAAUUCGUCAUGUUCAUGUUCAGGUUACCAAAUAUACCUCGUACUUUUGAAUAACCAUCAUGUUGCAGCUGACUAUAAGUAGUAGUAUGGAUAUACCAAGCUCGUCACAAGACACAAAUCCUUUUCCCAAUACUGUUCAGACUGUGCCGCUUGGGAACUGCUCAGUGCCUGGAUUGCCCGAGAAAACUCGAUGAUGAAAUUAUUGGUACCUUAAUGUUCGGAUCGGAUAAGACGGUCAUGUAGGUCAUACAUGUACAACGACAUGUUGUACCCACAAAACUUAUACCGAAAUCAAUAUCAGUGACUGCCUCAAAUCAUUUCCCUUAAGGCCUGUGCUUUUUUAUACCUUAUUGCACGGCGUGGUAGCUAUUUUUCUUCUGACAUCGUUCGCAUUGACACCGAGUUCCUAAGCGAUGAACCAACGUAAUGUCAAUUAACUAUUUUUCAAAUUACAUGUACAGUUAUAUGGAUUGCCUGUCCAAGUCUAAAGACUCUGGUAUUGGUAAUGAUUGAUGACACACGGAACUUUGUUAUUCAAAUUAUGAUGAAAUAUUUAAGCAGCUUCUUGGUGGAAUAGAUAAAUCUAUUUGGAAGGGGUUCUACAGGAAGCCACAAAAGAGCUUCGAAUGAAAUUCGACAAAAAACAGAGGGUCACCAGCAGCAGGCCCAAAGCGGUAAACUGGUUUCUCAGUGAAUAGCCUAAUUGGGACACUCUGUAGACAACUAAUCAGUCCCCCUUUUGUUUGAGAUCUUAGGACGUAUUUCAUGCGAAAGAGCGAUUUGCGCAGGUGAAUUAUCCCGUCUUUGAUGUUGCAGGCAAACAAUUUGAGGCCCGGUAAUAAAUCCCAAAAGAUUUUAAAUGUCAAGUUGUAAUGUCAAUGGUUUCCAAUUACCUAUUGCCACGGCAAUCAUACGACGCUCUUUACCUCUGUCAAAUUAAAGGGACAAUAUAGGCAGCAGCUAGGCAGGCAAGAUAAAGUUACACAAAGUCGCCAAUAGGGGUCUCUCACAUCUCACAGUACGUCGAAAUGAUUCACGCUUGUACGAGGAUUAUAUUUAGUGCUGAAUCUGACAUUACCUAGUGCCUUUACUGUGUAUGUUAGCGACCAGAAGAUAGCCAAAUAAGCCCCUCUGCUCCUACCUAUAGUCCCCCUUUAAUGUCUAAAUAAAACUAAUGUAAAACUGCCUUAGUCACUACAGAUCGGGCUACGAUACGCGAUGUGUCCAUCAACCAUUCUUGCCUGUCUGUUCCAGUGGAUGACGUCGGCCACGGACAUGUUUACGUUUUACGUCAGAGAUGCUUUUGCAGCGAUCGUACAAUAAGAAAUGUAUGUACCUUAUUAUUUGUUGCUUUGUAAAUACAUGUACAUGUACGCAUAUCAAAUAUGAUGCCAAAGAUGGAGACAAAUAGAGAGGUUAAGAUAGAAGACGCAAAGGUUAAACGUACAGGGGAAUGGCAAUAGUUUUUACAGUCAAAAACAAUUUUCAAGAGAUGGAGGGUAGCGGCAAGGAUCUUAACCUCGCUAAUAAUAUGCGACUACCAUCAUUUUGCAUGGGAGCUUCCCAUGUCGGCCUAUGCUUAUGGUGCUUCUAAUCGAAGACACUUUUCGUAGUCUAUUUUUUGCAAUUCAAAGCAUAAGAUGUUUUCUGUCAAUUAAUCAAUGUAACAGAAAUGGCUAAUAGCGUUAAAUAAAUAUGUGGCGUCCAGUCACUCGCUGUAUAUUA